AUGGAUGGUGUGGUGGAGGAUUUAGGUGAAAAUGGUGAGAGUGACAAUGAGUCGGAGCCGAACAUUGUUAAAAGUUAUGGUAAAAACACCCGACCUACAACUUCUGAACCAAUCAAGGCUAAGGAAGGGGAAUCUAUUCUACCUCCCUUUCCUGAAGCCUUGAAGGAUCCGGGUAACACGAAAAUAAUCAAUAAAAGGGGACCUCAACCAGAGGAAAUUUUAGAGGUAUUUAAACAAGUAAAAAUCAACUUACCCUUAAUUGAUGCCAUUAAACAGGUUCCGACUUAUGCUAAGUAUCUAAAGGAUUUGUGCACUCAAAAACGGCAGCACAAAGUCCCUAAAAAAGUGGAUCUCACUGAUGCAGUUAGUGCCGUAUUGAAUGGGGUCCUUCCACCUAAGCUACGAGAUCCCGGGACGCCUUUAAUUUCUAUACAAGUUGGCGAUUUUAAAAUGAGUAGGGCGUUGUUGGAUCUCGGAGCUAGCGUGAGUAUCCUUCCAGGAAGCUUGUACGACCAAUAUGAUUUUGGUCCACUGCGUCGUGCCGACACAACUGUUGUGUUGGCAGAUUUGACUCCUAAGCUUCCUCGAGGGAUAGUUCGCGAUGUGAUAGUUAAGGUGGAAGAGUUCUUUUUCCCGGUUGACUUUUUGGUGCUUGACUAUGUUUCUGCUGAUAAAAACAAUCAACCAAAUGUUAUCUUGGGCCGAUCUUUCUUAGCCACUACACAUGCUCAGAUCGAUUGUCGCACCGGCACAGUUUACAUGACAUUCGGCAAUAAAAAGGUCCGAUUAAAUGUGUUUUCUAAUGUUUCUGACAUGUUUCAAAGUGAUGAAUGUUUCAUGGCAGAUAUUAUAGAUGGAUGCGAUCCUCAUGUCGAGGACAAGAUGCCCGAGUGUUGUUUGUUUUGUGACUGGGUAGAAGAAAAUCACAUGUGUGAUUUGGAAGAGGAAGUUCGGAAGUUGGAGGCACAAGCGGUGCAAGAGAGAAGGCCUCCAUGGUCCCACCAAGUGGAGAGCCUUCCAGCUGAGAUCUCUUCGGGGUUGAAACCGUCACUAAUCAGCCCACCAAAGGUAGAGUUGAAAGAGCUGCCCGCACAUCUAAAGUAUGCAUUCUUAGGAGAGGAUCAGACUCUCCUGGUAAUUAUUGCAGCUAAUUUGGAGAAAGAACAAGAAGAAGCAUUACUGAAGGUGCUGAAGACCCAUCGAGCUGCGAUCGGGUGGACUCUCGCUGAUUUGAAAGAUGCGAAGCCUGCACGGGAUACACAAAGGAGGCUUAAUCCUAACAUGCGAGAAGUGGUAAAGAAAGAGGUAAUCAAGUGGUUGGACCAUGGGAUCAUAUAUCCCAUUUCAGAUAGCGCGUGGGUGAGUCCAACCCAAACGGUGCCGAAGAAAGCAGGCAUUCAAAUUGUUAAGGGUGAUAAUGGCGAGCAGAUAGCCACCCGGCCGGUAACCGGGUGGCGGGAACAAUUGGUACAAGCCCCAAUCUUGCAAUCACCCGAUUGGACAAAUCCGUUUGAAAUAAUGUGUGAUGCAAGCGAUUUCGCUAUUGGGGUGGUACUUGGCCAACGAGUAGAUAAGAAGCCGGUAGUUAUCUACUACGCAAGCAAAACCCUCUCCGAUGCUCAGUUGAAUUAUACCACAACGGAGAAGGAGUUGUUUGCUGUUGUUUAUGCUUUGGAUAAAUUCCGGUCUUAUAUUUGUGGAAGCAAGGUAAUUGUUUACUCUGAUCAUAGUGUAGUCAGGUACCUAAUGGAGAAAAAGGACGCCAAACCGAGACUGAUUCGGUGGGUCCUAUUGUUGCAAGAGUUUGAUCUCGAAAUCAGAGACAAGAAAGGGUGUGAAAAUGUAGUUGCUGACCAUCUGUCACGACUACCGGUUGAAGUGGAGGAGUUCACACCCGAGAUCAAUGAGCAUUUUCCGGAUGAGUUUAUAAUGGCUGUAAGUUCCGGACCUUGGUAUGCUAACUUUGCAAAUUAUCUUGUUUCAGGUACGAUACCGGAUGCGUGGAAUAAGCGUAGGAAGCAACAAUUCCUGUCGCAGGUGAAGAAUUAUAUUUGGGAUGAACCGGACUUGUUCCGAAUUGGUGCUGAUCAGAUUAUUAGAAGAUGUGUGCCCGAGACAGAGUUCUUGGAAGUAUUACAGCAUGCUCACUCAUCUGCAUGUGGCGGUCACUUUAGCGGACAAAAGACAGGACAUAAAGUCCUUGAAGCUGGUUUUAUUGGCCAACCAUGUUUAAAGACGCGUUUGAGUUUGUUAAACAUUGUCCGAAUUGUCAAAAGAUGGGUGGGAUUUCAAAAAGGGAUGAAAUGCUAA